AUGGAUCUUAAAGAAUGGGUAAAAAGUAAAAUAUGGUUGUUUUACCUCAUUAAUGCAGCUACUCGAUUCACUUUAGCUACAGUAAUUCGAAGCAAAUUACCUUCUGUUAUUAUUGACAAAACCAUGCAGUUGUGGAUUGGCAAUGGAUUUGGUGUUCCUGGACGCUUAUUAGCAGACAAUGGAGGAGAAUUUGCUAAUGAAGAGUACCGGGAUAUGUGUGAUAACCUAAAUAUUGAAGUUUUAAACACAGCAGCUUGUAGUCCAUGGCAAAAUGGAUUGUGUGAACGGAACCAUGCAAUUGUAGAUGAUUGUUUGAGAAAGAUUCUUGAUGAAAACCCAAAAUUAUCGUUGGAAGUUGGUUUGGUCUGGGAACUUAAUGCCAAGAAUUCCUUGCAUAUGAAUUCUGGUUAUAGUUUCUAUCAAUUAGUUUUCGGACGGAAUCCGAAUUUGCCAUCAGUGUUAAAUGCAAAUCCACCAGCUUUAGAGGGUGUAACCGUAUCACAUGUUUUUGCAAAGCAUAUUAAUGCCCUUCAUAAUGCACGUAAAGCAUUUAUUGAAGCUGAAGCUUCAGAAAGAGUUAGAAGAGCUUUGCGUCAUCAGAUUCGAAGUACUAUCACACAGGGUCCUGCUAAAGUAAUUGGUCAAGACAGCAAGGUUGUUUUUGUUCGGCAAGGCAGUUUGUAUGUCAGAGUCCCACCUUGUCGAUUAGUUAAAGUGGGUCAAGAAUUUUCUGCCUCUAAUCAGAACAAACUUGACAAUACAGAUCUUAAAGAGAACAAAGAUGUAGGUGAUCAUCAAUCAGAUGUAGGUGAUCAUCAAUCAGAAGUAGUGAUUGAUUUAGAGGUUGAAGAGUCAAAUGCUACACCUGUGCAACAAGAACAACGUAACAGAAGUGAACAUGAGGAAAAUGUUUUAGAUGUACCAGAAGCAGAAAUGAAUUUGGAAGAACAACAGGUGUCUGUUCGAAAAGAGCAUGAUUUUCCUAAAGUUAACAACCAUGUUGAAGUGAAAAUAAAAGAUGUACCAGAAGGAUUUUCAGCAAAAGUGAUAAGUAGAGGUGGAAAAGCUACAGGGAAGUACAGCAGUUGGUACAACAUAAGGAAAGAAGGUACAAAUGAUGAAAUGUGCCUAGAUUUUAAGGACGUUGAAAUUUGGAAAAAAGUUGAAAGUGUCAAUGUAGUUAUUCUUCCAGAACAUGUACAUGAUACUUUAGAGGCGGUUAAAGCAAAACAGAAGGAAUUAGACAACUGGAAAUUGUUUGAUGUUGUUCGACAGGUUCCGAAUGAUAAACAAAGUAAGAUAUCAACAAGAUGGAUUAUCACUGAAAAAGAAGUGGAUUCUUCUAAAGUUGUUAAGGCACGUCUUGUUGUUAGAGGAUUUGAGGAAGAGCACAAACUGCAACGUGACUCACCAACUGCAGCUAAAGACACUCUUCGUAUGUUUUUUGGAAUAGCAGCCUGCAAGAAUUGGAAUUGUGUGGCAUUAGAUGUAAAGUCUGCAUUUCUGCAAGGUCACACUAUCGAUCGUGAUGUUUAUGUUACACCACCCAAAGAAGCAAAUGUUCCAGAUGGAUUCACAUGGAAGCUUGUUAAAGUCGUUUACGGCUUAAACGAUGCUUUAAGAAAUUGGUAUUUCAGUGUACGUCAGACCUUAUUAAAGCUGAAGGCAGAGCAGUCCACAGUAGAUAAAACACUUUUCUACUGGAAAGAUACAGAUAACAAUCUUUGUGGCAUCUUUAUAAUGCAUGUAGAUGAUUUUGUACUUGCAGGAAAUAAAAUUUUUGAAGCAUCUAUUAUGUCACAGUUGAUUAAGACCUAUAAGGUUGGUAAGAUAGAAGAGACCAACUUUAAAUACAUUGGGAUAAACAUUUCUCAAGAUGGUGGAAAUAUAACUAUGGAUCAAAAGCAGUAUGUUGAAUGCAUUCAGGAAAUACAGAUUUCAAACAAACGAUCCACUAGAAAGCGUGAUGAACUCAAUGAUGACGAAUUACAUGAGCUUAGAUCUGCAAUAGAACAAUUGAACUUGAUAGCUACUCAAACUCGCCCAGAUUUGGCUUUCGAUGUGCUGGAAUUAAGUGUUUCCAUUAAAAAUGCAAGAGUAGAGCAUCUUUUGGUGGCGAACAAGGUUAUAAAGAAAAUGAAAGCCACUAACAAUGUGUGCUUAAUCUUUCCAAAUAUGCCAAAGUAUGAAUUGUGGAAGUUGGUAGUCUUUUCAGAUGUGUCAUAUGCAAACUUACCAGAUGGCGUCUCCAGUGCUGGCGGUAGUAUAGUGAUUGUCUUUGCAGAGGAUGGGAAAUGUUUCCCAAUUUCUUGGUGUUCAAAGAAGAUCAAGAGGGUUGUUAAGAGUACCAUUGCUGCUGAAACCUUAUCCUUAGUUAAUGAUAUUGAUAAUGCAUACUACAUAGGCUGA